GUUUCUCAUCGAGCUCCGUCAAUCGAUGCACUCCGGCCCGGAUGCGCAAUUGCGAAUGCGCAGAAGAAAGAGAAAAGACUUCACGGCGUGCUAUUUCCCUUCAGACAAGUAGUUUGUUGUUGUUGUUGUUGUUGUUGUUGUUGUGUUUGUUCCACAAAUCAAGAUGCGCCUCCGCCGUCUUUUAGGCGUUUGCUUGCUGGCACUCAUCACGGCGACGGCAGCGGCUGAAUAUGACGUCAUGGUGGCCAUCCCCGGAGGCAGCAUGAGGAAGAGGAGCUCCGCCGGGGCCGAAGACGAACACGAGACCGAGAUUCGACUUUUGCCUUUUCUCUUGGACAAAGGGCCCGUCACCAACGCGGCCUUCAGACAGUUCGUGAGGGACCAAAAGUACAAAACGGAAGCUGAGAAGUUUGGCUGGAGUUUCGUCUUUCGGGAUUUUGUGUCCGACGACGUCAAGAGCAAAGUGACGCACACCAUUCCGUCGGCUCCAUGGUGGCUUCCUGUCCAACGGGCCUUCUGGCGGCAGCCUGCAGGUUCCGGUUCCAGCAUCGGCGCUCGCCUGGACUUCCCGGUGGUCCAGGUGAGCUGGAACGACGCUCGGGCCUUCUGCAGAUGGAAGAGGAAGACGCUGCCCACCGAGGACCAGUGGGAGUGGGCGGCCAGAGGCGGACUCGCGCGUGCGAGUUUUCCGUGGGGGAAGAGCUUCCGGGCCAACAGAAGCAACCUGUGGCAGGUGAGCGAGACGUCGGCGCGGGCACGCCGCGGCGCCAUCCCGACCUUGACGUCAAACGGGGCGUGCGCCCGCAGGGCUCGUUUCCGGACGGCGACACGGCGGAGGACGGAUAUCACGGCCUGGCUCCCGUCGACGCCUUCCCGCCUCAGAACAAGUUCGGUAAGGCGGGAUGAAGGUGAGGGCGAUGAUGAACGACGACCGGGAUCUUUCUCCGUGCGUGCGUGCGUGCGUGCAGGGCUGCUGGAUAUGUUGGGGAACACGUGGGAGUGGACAUCCAGCCCCUUCCCGGCGCCGCCGGGGUCCCGUCAGCAAAUGUUUGUGCUGCGCGGCGCCUCCUGGAUCGACACGGCCGACGGCUCGGCCAAUCACAGAGCGGAAGUCGGCGCCAAGAUGGGCAACACCCCCGAUUCGGCCUCGGAUAACCUGAGCUUCAGGUGCGCCUCCGAUGGCCACGAGAGGAACGCGCACGCAGACUUGUGAACCGCAGCCGCCGCGCGCCGAUGACCACGAGGCGGGGCCGCGGGAAGCGCGUCAGAACUUUCCGGCGUCCAUCGCGGGGAGCGGGACAAAUGUCAUCCGGUUCCACGCUGACUCGACAAAGAAGAAGAAGAAGUCGGGCGUGAGUUGAAGACCGCGCCUCGUCGCCGGCAGGUCCGGCGGCGCAAAAUCUGAGUUGAAAAUUUGCGGCCCGCCUUCCAGUCAUGCCAGCGUCAACGAAGUGCUUUUCAAAUUCGAGACGGCCUUUCAAACGCACCCGGAGAGUUUGUCAGCUCGACAUUUGGCCUUUGGCUUUCCCAGCUUUCACCUCCGCCAAGGAACUUGCUUGUGUACAACUUCCUGUUGACACUUUCCUCCCCCCAACUGCAUCUUUUUGCACGUGCGUUCGACUGGCUGACAUUCGCACUCUACUUGCGGCGUCACUCAUCAGGAGAACAGGCAGUGAAUAAAUUAUAGCCGCGACUC